AUGCAAAAGAACAAAAAAAUAAUAAUCACUAGUGAAAUCAAUGUAAUAAUUGUAUUUCUUUUACAGUUUAUAUCAGAUGUUUCUGCUAUCAAAUGUCGUGUUUGUUUACCAUGUGAAGACAAAUACAAAAAAUUAUUCCAAAUUACAAAAGACGAAAUUUUAGAUAACUGUGGAGUUUGUAUUACAGCCUACUCAACUUUCCAAGGUUAUCAAAUGGAAGGUCGAGGAUGUUUACUUAAAUGUCCACCUAAAGAUGCUAUCAAUGAGCUUACUCCAGGACUUGUUAACAAGUAUAACUGUUGUUAUUACGAUUUAUGCAAUAGAACAAACAAGUUAUUUGUACAAUACAAAUUAAUUAUUCUGAUUUCAUGUUUACUCAAUUCAUUAUUUAUUGCUGUGAAUAGAUUUAGUGUUUGUUAA